ACGAAAACGUUCGCAUUCGCGAGUCAUUUUCUCGAUACUGGACAGCUAAACUAGGAAACUUAAUCACAGAAUUUGAAGCCUCUCAAAUUUGGUGCUUUUAGCUACGUUUUACUGUAUUAUACUCUUUACUUGUCUUUGUUGUCCGUUCAGACGUUGAGGUUCGUUUUACAAUUUGAAGUCAACCGCCUCCUUGUUGAAAUGUCGCUAUCCAUCAGGGAACCGUUUCCUAUCUCAAACAACUUCGAAAACAAUCAAGAAAGCAACGUGUUGAAGAAAGCAAAGAUGGAAGAUGGUCAAGUAAGAGCAACUCAACAAGGGCAGAAACGUGCGGCUUUGAGCACAAUAACGAACAACGCAAUGAGAAUUCAGCCGUUUCGUGCUGCUAAACAACAGGCUGGUUUUGCUAGUUCGAAGAACGACGAAAAUGCUUUCAGUCGUUUACAACAAAAGACCUCGGUCUUCGCUGUACCGAAGAGUGCACAACAGAGUUUUAGCAUUCACGAAGACCCAGAGCCUGUUAUUGCAAGUGCUCAGAGUAGAACACAUCAUUCUAGUUCUUCAGUUCCAGAAAUAAAUCCGGCCAUAACGUCGCUUUCAAGUUCGGCUCUAACAAACGUGUUCGUUGCAAACAGAGCAAGAAAUGAAGUGGAUUCCCCCAUGGUUAUAGAUUCCAGCGAUGACGAGGACUUUGAAUGCACGAAAGAAACAACGCCAGAAAUACACGACAUCGACAAUGGCAACGACAUUUUUGGUGUUACAGAAUAUGCUUCAGAGAUAUACCAAUAUUUGAAGAAGUCUGAGCUCAAGAACAUGCCCAAACCAAACUACAUGAAGAAACAAACUGACAUCAACCACUCUAUGCGUUCCAUCCUUGUUGACUGGCUGGUUGAAGUGGCUGAAGAGUACAAACUUUCUCUCCAAACUCUUUAUCUAACCAUAAACUAUAUUGACCGAUUCCUAUCAGUUAUGUCUGUUCUACGGGGUAAGCUACAACUUGUGGGGACUGCUUGUAUGUUGAUAGCAGCCAAGUUUGAGGAAAUUUAUCCUCCAGAUAUUUCAGAUUUUGUAUACAUUACAGAUGACACCUACAAUGCCAAACAGGUUCUAAAAAUGGAGUCUCUUAUUCUGAAGACUUUAGGAUUUGAAGUUUGUGCGCCAACAAUACUAAAUUUCCUUGAAAGAUUUUUGAAGGCUGCAGAAUGUCCUGAAGCAGAUAAAUCCAAAGUUGAAUCAUUAGCAAAGUAUCUCUGUGAACUUUCAUUGCUUAAUGGAGAACCUUUCCUACAGUAUCGGCCAUCUACAGUUGCUGCCAGUGCUGUUGUACUGUCUCUACAUACCAUCGGAUUAACAUCAUGGAAUCCAACUCUGGCUCACUACACUGGGUUCCAACUCCUUGAUCUUCAAGCAUGUGUCCAUGAUCUUCAUCGUGCAUUCAGUCAUGCACCAAAACAACAACAGCAAUCUAUAAGAGAAAAAUACAAGAGCUCCAGCUGUCAUGGAGUGGCAAAUCUUCCAGCUCCAGAGAUGCUUCCCCUAGCAUAAAUUCCCCCAAUAAUGAUAAAGAAUGACUGUGUAAAUAUUUACUGCUUUCUGAAAGAGAGGCUUUUAUUAGGAAACAAUUAUCUUUACAUAUUCUCCAAGCUGUUUGAAUAUUUGUGUAAAAGACGUUUUCACAAACAAAAAAAUCUGUUAUCUUAUGGAAUGUAUCCAGAGUUAUUUU